AUAAGCAAAGAUAGUUCACUCAUGCCGUUUACCAUUGGAAAAAAUAAGUCAGUUCCGGUCUACUUAACUGGGUGUGUCUCCCAUAGACACCAAUACAAUAGCAGCUGGGUCCAUUAAACCAGAAGAAAACAACUGCGAGUGGGGUGUCUCGCUUCCUUUUGAGUCUCUGCCGAAACCCUUCUCCGCAACCAAGCUUCACACCCGGCUGCAUAGGGAAGGUCCACCGCGGCACCCCCCCCCCAAACCUUCGAAGGCCAACCAUCCUCGGUCAGUGACCAGUCCUGUCAACCACCGCCGCUGUCCUUUCCGUGAGAUCUGAGUGGCGAGGGCCGCUCCAAUUUGAGGAACGCAGCACACGAUUUUCGUAGGGGAGCUGGUUCUAGUUAUCGCCUAGCAGCUAGCUUGCUAGCUAGGCAAUAAUCGAAAGGAACAGUAACGUUCAUGUGUUGUGUAAGAAAUACUCCUAGCGUAACGUUACUGUUAUAGCUAGCUAGUUUGUUUGUGAAAUAUUCUGUACUCGUUAACUAGUUAUCUAAAUAACGUUAGUCAAAUGCACCUGACCUGUAGGUGACGUGCAUUAGGGAUUGUCCGUACAGUUAUCUGCCAUGAUCGCAAAGUAACGUUAAGUCACAGACCGCCAGCAACAUUUACCCCUGUUGCUGUUUUAAAACAACUUUGAAAUAUCAGUUAAUUAUUGUACUGAUUUGCUUUGGAAAGUCGUCCAGUGCACUGUCAAAUAUUUCGAAAUGGCUCCGAAGAGAAGACCCGUUCCCCUAAAUAUCACGCCCAUUGGAGAGGGGCAGUCCAUCUCCACGACCAUCGAUGCUGCGUCCGAAGCCAAUCUGGAGGCCUUACAGAAGAAGCUAGGCGAGCUAGAUUUGGAUGAACAGCAGAGGAAACGUCUGGAGGCUUUCCUCACCCAGAAAGCCCAAGUGGGCGAACUGAAAGAUGACGAUUUCCACCCCAUAUGUGAGCUGGGCGCUGGCAACGGUGGAGUGGUCAACAAGGUCCGCCACAAACCCUCCAGACUGGUCAUGGCCCGGAAGCUCAUCCACCUGGAGAUUAAGCCUGCCAUCAGGAACCAGAUCAUCAGAGAGCUGCAGGUGCUCCAUGAGUGUAACUCUCCCUACAUCGUGGGCUUCUACGGGGCCUUCUACAGCGAUGGCGAGAUCAGUAUCUGUAUGGAGCACAUGGAUGGAGGCUCUCUGGAUCAGGUACUGAAGGAAGCCAGGAGAAUCCCUGAGGAAAUCCUGGGCAAAGUCAGCAUAGCAGUACUCAGAGGACUUGCCUAUCUGCGGGAAAAACACCAGAUCAUGCACAGAGACGUCAAGCCCUCCAACAUCCUGGUGAACUCGCGCGGGGAGAUCAAGCUGUGUGACUUUGGCGUGAGUGGCCAGCUCAUCGACUCCAUGGCCAACUCCUUCGUGGGAACGCGCUCCUACAUGUCGCCGGAGAGACUGCAGGGCACACACUACUCUGUGCAGUCAGACGUGUGGAGCAUGGGCCUGUCCCUGGUGGAGCUGGCCAUCGGCCGCUACCCCAUCCCCCCGCCUGACGCCAAGGAGCUGGAAGCCAUCUUUGGCCGGCCAGUACAGGAUGGAGCUGAGGGGGAACCACAGGCCCCCUCCAACCGCCUCCCCAGACCACCAGGAGGACGACCAGUCAGCGGACAUGGGAUGGACAGUCGACCUGCCAUGGCUAUAUUUGAGCUACUGGACUACAUUGUCAAUGAGCCUCCUCCCAGGCUUCCACUCGGUGUCUUCACCAACGAUUUCCAGGAGUUUGUGACAAAAUGUCUGAUCAAGAAUCCAGCGGAGAGAGCUGACCUGAAGAUGCUGAUGAACCACACGUUUAUCAAGCGUGCUGAGGUGGAGGAGGUGGACUUUGCUGGCUGGAUGUGUAAAACCAUGUGCCUCAACCAACCCAGCACCCCCACCCGCAUCACAGAAUGAACAGCCCAACGCCAAACCGCUUCCCACAUAAGGAUCCAUGGUGUCUCACUGUCACACACACACACUUUGGCACCCUUUUCGUCUUGCUCUUUAAAAAAGGUUUCAGCACUCUCUCUAAAGUACAUAUCAUCAACAGGGCCAAUUGACUCAAUGUAUGACCACAGAUUUUCCAUACCAGUGGCAGGGUAGAUCUACACACUAGUCAUGAUAUUUUUCUCCAAUCAUCAUAUUAAAGAGAAGGUACAAGGCAUGAAAGGGCUGCCAGGUUAUAAUUUAAUGAAUUGUCAUUGAUAUCAUCUUACCACAUUUGUAUUGAUAAAUUCUGUAUUAAUAUUGACAAGAGUUGUUAAUGGUUUGUGCAACUGCAUAUUAGUGAAGGCUGUAGAGGGGCCAUAUUUGACAAAGAAAAAGUGUCCAUGACAGAAAUCACUGGAGUCAAGUGCUUUGUAUUCACAGGACAGCAAACCAAAGAAGGUACUCAUCGUGAAUACUAAUGUUUUGCAUUUAAUGCCUUAUCAAAGUACUUCGUUUUGUACAUUCAUAACCAGUACAGUUUUGAGAGAGGAGUACUUUGAAUGUUGACAUUUUUAUUUGACUAUAAUAGUAAUUACGUAGUUAUCAAAUGUGCUCAUUUUACAAAAUGACAUAAUUUGCUAUCUUAUAUAUUUUCCAGACACUCAAUAUCAUGUUUUUGUUGUUGUUUUUUACUUGUAUCUGAAUCAACUGCCUGAAACGCACAUCUGUGUCAAGUCAGAUACGUAGAACACCUUGACUAGAGACGCUCUGAAAUGUUCCGAUAUUUGCCAGUCGAUUCAAUUUAUUCCCCCAAGUGUUUUUGGUUCUGCUCGCACUGUUCUGCUUUGCGUGAGUAAGUGUAACCUACACGCCAAGCUUUCUUUUGGUGAAUCCGUGGUUACUGGCUCUGGUGGGGGUUGGGGUAGCAUGUAUUAAUUAGCCUGUCGUCUGUAAGAGCCCCUGUGUAUAUAUAAUCUGCUUCUGGCUGACCUUUACAAUUUCCAAUAGACUUGCAUUCGUUGCUAACAAAGUUAAUUCUUUGUCGCCUGUAUGUGUAUAAAGCUAUAUAAACUGUACGCAAGUGCUAUUUUGACUCGUUUAGACAGAAAUGUAAGACAUUUCGUUUUAUCUAAAGAAAAUGUGUUGGAUAUUGUUAUAAUGUAAAAAAUAAAACGUAUUUGUGAAUGUA